GUGGCUUGCACCUUAAUCAUCUUUGCUUCUCCUAAUACUACUCUUUGCUGCAACUUGAAUUGCUCCUCGAGCCUUUCCAUACCAUCGUACAAUAAAACCUUCACUAUCUUUUCUUCUAUAGUUAACUAUGGCCGAAACAUGUAAAUGCGCUUUCCUUAUUCUUGCAUUUGUUACCUGCUUCCAAAUCCUGUUUAUUGAAGGAAGGUCAAUUAAGCAAACGAAUAAGCAGGAACAUGUUACCAAUGAAAUAGAGCCGCUAAAAGAAAUGGCCAACCAAAGUACGAAUACCAACUUGCACCACAACACUGCAAAUAAUCAAAAAGUUUCUCUCCCUUCACCCCCAGUUCACAUUCCGACUGUUCACCAUUCCAAGGCAGGCAGAAAAGAAAUGACCCCUCCUAUGGUCCCAAGCUUCAGCGGUUCUCCUGGUGUUAGGCAUCCAAAGACACCGGGGGCUAACUCUGUCACUACUGUGAAAGAUGAUUUCAAACCCAUAACAUCUGGUCAGAGUCCUGGUGUUGGCCACAACAAUGACAAUUCUGUCACUGCUUUCAAAGAUGAUUUCCAACCCACAACACCAGGUAACAGUCCUGGAGUUGGCCAUAUUCUUGUAGAUGAAGAUGACAGUGAAGAUGAUGAUCCAAAGGCACCUGGUACUAGCUCCAGUAAUGAACGUUCUGGUGCAGCAUUCAAACCCACAACACCAGGUCACAGCCCUGGCGUUGGCCAUAUGUCAUCAGUAGAUCAAAGUGAUAAGACUGAUCUAAAGGCAUCCAAAACUGAACUUUCUGUCACAACACCAGGUCAUAGUCCCGGGGUUGACCAUACUCUUUCAGAUGAAGAUGAAGAUGCUAGUGAAGAUGUUGAUCCAAAGGCACCCGGUACUGGCUCCAGUAUAAAACGUUCUGGUGCAGCAUUCAAACCCACAACACCAGGUCACAGCCCUGGCAUUGGCCAUAUGUCAUCAGUAGAUCAAAGUGAUAAGACCGAUUCAAAGGCAUCCGAAAUUGAACAUUCUGUCAAAACACCAGGUCAUAGUUCCAGGGUUGGCCAUAUUCUUUCAGAUGAAGAUGCAGAUGAUAGUGAAGAUGUUGAUCCAAAGGCACCCGGUACUGGCUCCAGUAUAAAACGUUCUGGUGCAGCAUUCAAACCCACAACACCAGGUCACAGCCCUGGCAUUGGCCAUAUGUCAUCAGUAGAUCAAAGUGAUAAGAUCGAUUCAAAGGCAUCCGAAAUUGAACAUUUUAACACUGAACAUUCUGUCACAACACCAGGUCAUAGUCCCGCGGUUGGCCAUAUUCUUUCAGAUGAAGAUGAAGAUGAUAAUGAAGAUGUUGAUCCAAAGGCACCCGGUACUGGCUCCAGUAUAAAACGUUCUGGUGCAGCAUUUAAACCCACAACACCAGGUCACAGCCCUGGCAUUGGCCAUAUGUCAUCAGUAGAUCAAAGUGAUAAGACCGAUCGAAAGGCAACCAACAUUGAACAUUCUGUCGCUAGAGUGCCAGAUGGUUUCCGACCCGCGGUACCAAUUCAGGGCCCUGGGGUUGGUCAUGUUUUCCAAGCACAAACGAAGAACUAAAAGGCACGGAAUGUGGAUGUCUCAUAUGAAAGGGUACAUUCUAAGGAAUAAACAUAAAGAAGCAUGGACAUAUCGAUUGCAUAUUAAGCAUUAUUAUUUGGUAACUAAGACACGUAAAUGUCAGAUCAGUCACAUAAGUGAUUUCCAUUAAUCCUGUCAAUAUUAUCAAGAUUGUGAAGUGCAUUAGAAUCCUUUCAUUCCUAGCUAAGCCCUUUGAAUUAAUUGUCUCUGCAUAAUAGUGUAUAGCUAGGGUUGAAUGUAUAAAGCAAUAUGGUCUAUAUAUAUAUAUAUAUAUCCAUGUAAAAUAAGCCAUUUCAUAUCCAAAUUUGCUUCAAAUAAAAAUCUUCGUAUUUGCUUA